AUGACCAGCAAAGGGGUAUUGGAGCCGGCGCCGGUGUCGCCCCUCGAGAUUGUCGAGAGCCACAAGCCCGGCUUCGACGAGAAGCAUGACCCCGUGACCGUUGAUGACGGGCUUCACCCGACGGACACCAACGUCGAAGACACGCUCAAUGUCACCGAGGGCGAUCUAGCCGAAGCCAAGGCACUGGCCGGCCAGAUGACGCUGGAGGAAGUUCGGGUGAGGCUCUUAUCGGCUCUCUCGGCCCUCCUCCCUCGUCGAUUGCUGCCCACUCACACCGCAGACAACCAAUACGUGUUCGACGAGCCCGAGAAGCACGCCGACCUCAUCUACGAGAUGAAGGUCGAGGCCGCCCUCAUCACCAACAACAGCCCCUACGCGGAGGUGCGCGCCGUCGUCAGCAACCAGGACGACACCACGACGCCCGUGUCGACGAUCCGCGCGUGGGUCAUUGGCAUCGGCUUCUCGGUGCUGCUGGCCUUUAUCAACCAGCUCUUCUCCAUCCGCCAGCCCCAGAUUACCGUCCUCAACAACGUCGCCCAGCUGCUGUCGUUUCCCAUUGGCAAGCUGUGGGAAAAGACCGUGCCGGACUGGGGCGUCAUGCUGCCCGCGCUCCUGGUCGGCCGCGACGUGGCCGGCACCCCGGCGGCGCGUCUGUCGCUGAACCCGGGCCCCUUCAACAAGAAGGAGCACAUGCUCAUCACCAUCAUGGCCAGCGUCGCCUACAACACGCCCUACACGGACAACAUCAUCUGGACGCAGUACAUGCCGCAGUACUUCAACCAGGCCUUUGCCGGCCAGUUCAGCUACCAGAUCCUCAUGGCCCUGUCGACCAGCCUCAUCGGCUACGGCCUGGCCGGCCUGGCGCGCCGCUUCCUGGUCUACCCGGCCUACUGCGUGUGGCCGACCAGCCUGGUCACCAUUGCCCUCAACGAGGCGUUCCACUCCGACGAUGCCGGCCCCGUGACCACGCCGUGGCGCUCGGUGUGGCGCGCCUCGCGCAUCAAGUUUUUCCUCAUCACGUUUGGCCUCAUGUUUGUCUGGUUCUGGUUCCCCAACUACAUCUUCACUGCCCUCAGCACCUUUAGCUGGAUGACGUGGAUCGCGCCCGACAACCUGAACCUGAAUGCCUGGGCCGGCGGCAACCGCGGCCUGGGCCUCAACCCCGUGCCGACGUUCGACUGGAACAUUGUGACCUUUAUGUACGACCCGCUGAUGGUGCCCUUCUUCUCGACCAUCAACUCGUUUGCGGGCGCCCUGCUCGGUUGCCUCAUCAUCGGGGCCGUCUGGUACGGCAACGGCUACCACACGAGCUACCUGCCCAUCAACUCCAACCGCCUCUUUGACAACACGGGCAAGCUCUACAACAUCUCGCGCAUCGUCGACGACCGCCAGAUCUUCUCGCAGGCCCGCUACGACGCGUACUCGCCCGCCUACCUGGCCGCCGGCAAUCUGGUCGUCUACGUCUUCUUCUUUGCCAUCUACCCGGCCACGCUCGUCUACAUCGGCCUCAACCACCGCUACGAGUUUGUCAUGGGCAUGAAGAACGUCUUUGCGCACGCCAGGCGCAUCGUCCGCCGCCUCUACUCGCGCGAGGCCCGCGCCGCGUACCGCAAGCAGCGCGCCAACAGGGGCCACGGGGGCAACGGCGGCGUCGUCGUCCAGGACGACGGCGGCAGCAACGCCUCCAGCACGUACCAGGACGUGCACAACCGCCUCAUGGCCGCGUACCCCGAAGUGUCCGAGCUCUGGUACAUGGCCGUGCUGCUGGCCGCCGUGGCCUUUGGCGUCGCCGGCAUCGCCGGGUGGCAGACGUACACGACGCCCGGGGUCGUCUUCUACGGCAUCGUGCUGUGCGUCGUCUUUGUCAUCCCCGUCGGCAUCGUCAAGGCCAUGACGGGCAUCGAGGUCACGCUCAACGUGCUGGCCGAGUUCAUCGGCGGCAGUUGGUCCGGCGGCAACGCCCUGGCCAUGAACUACUUCAAGGCCUACGGCUACGUCACCUGCGCCUCCGCCCUGCGCUUCUCGGGCGACCUCAAGCUCGCCCACUACCUCAAGAUCCCGCCGCGCUACACCUUCAGCGCCCAGCUCGUCGCCACCGUCGUCUCGUGCCUCGUGUGCACCGGCGUCCUCAACUUCCAGAUGAACAAGAUCCCCCACGUCUGCACCGAGGCCGCCCCCAACAAGAUGACCUGCCCCGGCAUCAACACCUUCUUCACCGCCGCCGUCCUCUGGGGCACCAUCGGGCCCCAGCGCGUCUUUGGCCGCGGAGGCCAGUACACCGCCAUGCUCGUCGGCUUCCCCCUCGGCGCCCUCGUCCCCGUCCUCUUCUGGUGGGUCCAGCGCACGCUGCGCGCCCGCGACGAGGCCCGCGACGUCGACGCCCAGACCGGCCAGCUUCGCGCGUCCAGCGACGGCGCCGUCGCCGGCCGCAAGGCCACCGUCGUCCGCUGGGCCCGCCAAGCCCAUCCCAUUGCCUUUCUGGCCGGUGCCCUCAACCUGACCCCCUACAACAUGAUGUACACCUGGCCGACGGUCCCCGUCAGCUUCGUGUCGUGGAUCGUCGUCCGCCAGCGCUUCCUCGCCUUCUGGUCGCGCUACAACUACGUCCUCAGCGCGAGCUUCAGCUCCGGCGUCGCCGUGGCCGGCAUCGUCAUGUUCUUUGCGCUGCAGUACAACGACAUUCAACUCGACUGGUGGGGCAACAACGUGGUCGCCAUGGGCUGCGAGGCCACGUCGUGCGUUCUGAAGCAUCUGGCCCCGGGCGAGCACUUUGGUCCUGACGUCGGCGAUUUCCAUUAG